CCCAAAUUGCUGUAAUGCUCUUUAUUUUUAAUAGUUAGGCUAGAGUUAGAUAAUAUUUUGGAUAAUAGUUUAUAUAAAUAGUUUUCUCAAUUGUAAUGAUCUAAAACGACUUAUCAAAAUGGCAAAGGAAGUUUCUAUGUGCACGCAACUGCAACAAUGGAGCCCCGUAAAAGAGACGGCGGGAGCACCAAGCGUGCCCCCUCAAGUGGGAUACUGCUUCCACUCGCCUAAGAAGCACCCAUGGAGGCCUAUCAUGGGCUACGAGGAAAUCGAAGUCACACCUAUGCCAUCUCAACCCAUAACGAAUACCAUGGUGGAUCCCUGCUACACGCCGGCCGGCAUGGCGGCGGAGCCCCUGCGCUUUCCUAACCUGGUGACGGGCUUCGACCGGAGCCCGGAGCACGCCGCACGCGCAGCUCUCUACACACGCUACACGCAGUACGAGUGGAACCAGAACAGCAUCAAGAAUUACAACGAGUCGGAUGCUAAAAGGAACUUCUCGGAACGGGUCAGGAAUGACAUCAUGAGAAUGUUGAGGGAAACUGAUGAGAUCGGCACUCAAGGACAAAGGGACUCUGGAAGGAGGAUCGGUGAACGAAUUACCGACACUACAUUUUGGCGUAACGAGGUAGCAAUAGAAAUGGAGCGUUUGGUAGCCACUUGCGAGAAGCUGAACGACACUCGGCGGCAGCUGGAGCGAGCGAUCGCCGGGAUCGAAGGCCCGCUGCACAUCGUACAAGAGUGUUUAUACCACAGGGAGAAGAGGCAAGGUUUGGAGCAAGUACACGAUUCAGUCGAGCAGUCGUUGUUAAAAGAAGUCGCUAUACUUCGUGAAUGUCAGGACAAAUUCAGGAAUAUGCUGGAAAAGGUGCGAGCGCAGUCGAAGAACUGUCGCGCGACGCAGCACGAGCUGGAGACCGACAUGCGUAACAAGGAGUACGCGCUCGGCAUCGACUCCAUGUGCCAUCAGCUCAACAACUUCUCCAAAGGGCUGCAAUACUACGCGGGCAUAGAGCGCUACGACCCGACGGUGUGCGACACCGCGCGCUGGGCCGCCGCCUCCGCCGCCACGCUGCAACGAUCCCAGUCAGAGCGCGCCAAAGCCGUGCAGAUGUUGUCCGACACGGAGAAUCUGAUCAACGUGUCGGCAACGCAGAUCUGGGACCAAUGGAGCAACAGCAACAGCGCCUUCACGCGCCGCAUUGCGGAGACCAUCGAGAUCAAGAACAAACUGCAGCUGCAUCUACACAAAAUCCAGCAGGAGAUCUUUGACGUGGAGAAGACGCUGGAGCUGCUAAACAAGGCCAUCGAGGACAAGCUGCAGCCCAUGAAGGUGGCGCACACGCGGCUGCAGGCGCGCACCAACCGCCCACACCUGGAGAAGUGCCGCGACGAUGCUCAGCACCGGCUGGUGAAGGAAGUGUGCGAUCUCCAAGAGACGAUGGAGUCGCUCCGCUCUAAGAUCGCAACAGCGGAGGGCACGCACCAAACACUGCUAGGCGUGCGCGCCGGGCUGGAGGCCGAUCUGAGAAACAAGACCACCACACUGUUCAUCGACCGCGACCAGUGCAUGGGGCUGCGACGCGGGUACCCCGUCACCGCUGCCAUCAAGCCAUAAUUGCGUAUAACUAUCUGACAAUAAACUAUACUAACUUACACCACGCGCUUGUUUCAUUGAUAAUUAAAACGUCCAAUAGUACCCGCCACUUGGAACACGAUUGAGG